AUGAGGAGACUUAACAAAAACCAGUUAUUUUACACUUUUCAUCGCAUUAGGUACCUAACUCAUGAAAUUGUGACAGACAAAUUUGACAAGGCCAGCUCAUUCAUUUCUGAAAGGACUGUGGACCAUGGUGAAAGUGAAAGAGUGAUUGUAACUUCAUUGGCCCAAAUCCAUGAUGACAAAACUUUAUCUGAUUCAUCGCCUAUCCAGAUGCCAAAGGAUAAUUUCUUGCCAUCCUCCAAAAACUUCUUAAAGAGAAAGUUAACUGUAAGUCUGAAUGAGGAUUUAGAUAUGAUUCAACCAUGUAUGGAUGGCCCCUCUUCUCCUAAAAAACCUUGCGCCACCAAGGGAGCACCAUCACCCUUCUCUGAUGAAGAUUCCUGCUCAUCGGGAGGAAGUCAGCCUCAGGACCAGGAGGAGGAUGAUGAUGAAGACACCAUGUACCAAUAUUUGAAAUACCAAUUUUCUAAAAUUAACAAGAAACUUCGCAAGAUGGACAAAAAGAUUGAUGCUUUUAUUGACAAAAAUGGAAGCAAUAAAGGCAAUAAAAAGUCGAGUGCAGAACUCUGUCCGGAGGAAGAAGUCAGAGAAGGUUUUGUUUCAUUUGGAAAUGGAAUUUUUCUAAAAGAGGAUGAAGUAAAAAAAGUGACUGAAAAGGGAGACAAAGAGACUCUCCUCCAAGCAAAAAUUGGAAAACUGUUGACGAUGUGCUUGGGAAAUGACCUGAGGAGAUGGUGUCUUGCUCAAACACAGUCCAAUAAAGAAAAAGAAACCAUUCCAGACAUAAUUAUUGAGAGAAUAAGAAGUGAGUGGUUACAAAAUACAGCUAUGAUUAGCUGUACUCCUUUUCAUUUUAACAUUAUUUUAAAUAUCGAAAUUAUCUUUAUGCUUUUGUGUGUUCCAGAUGAAAUAAAGAACGGUAGUGUUGAAAGUAACUACCGCAAGCUGUUAAGGCAUGAGUCGCUGAGCAAAUUCAAAGGGGACGAACUGACCCGAAAACUAACAGCCCUACGCAAUACAGCACAUGAGCAGACACUCGCACUGCACCUUGACGUAGUCAGAGGAAAGAUUUCAAAGAUUCUCCACUACAACGAGACCAAAUAUGACCAAGCAGAGGGAAAAGAAAAGGAAGCAGCAGCAAAAGAACAGGAAUAGUGCUAAAAGGAUGAGAUAACUUAUGUAUUAUUAAUUGAUAAUCUAAUCUAAUCUAUUUAAUACCUGAGUAAAUAAAAUAAUUUAAUUUGAAUAUUAAAAUGUUCAGAGAAGUAUUUUAGUUUUGGUAUUGGACAUAAAAAACAACUUGUACAAAAUAAAAUAUUAAAAGAUUGACCACACUUUAAUAAUUUGUGUUAUUUCCAUUCUCUGUCACUUCCUUGAUUGACAGUUGGUAGUCAUUGAC